CUUUCUUGGUUUCUGCUAAAAUGGAGGGGGAAAGGAAGUCCAGUCCAGAAGUCAUAAAAGAUAUUCAGGAAGUAGGAAAGGAAAGAAACUACACAGCUACCUUCAACAAGAUGAGAUGGCAUCCAAGGUUCAUCAGAUCCAGGGUCCUCUUCAUAUCACAUGCUUUUCAAAGCAUGACACCAACUGGAGGACUACUCCCGACACCAUCUACUGGGAAACUCCCAUUAAUAUCAGCUGGACCUAAGAGGAGAUACUCUGAAGUUACUUUAGAAGGAAAGAAUACAUGUAAGAAAACAAAGAUGUCUCACGCUGGGAGGCGACACCAAGAAAAGCAGUACAGGCACCAUGAGAACCAGGGGUAUGAGGAAGACAGAAGAGGGAGAAAACUUCACCCAUACAAUGGAAGAUCAACAGAAGACAUCCAACCUGGCCAGCACUCCAGGACUGCUACUGUUUGCUCAGAUGCUUACUCUAGAACCUCAGGAGCAGCAGGAGAAUAUUUUGGCCCCCCACCAGAGUGUUAUCCUCCCAAGGAAACCUUCUCAAUGAAGUGCUCAAAGGUAUGCACAACAAGAGGCAUUUUGAAGUUUGUGGAGAUUACAGUUAACAUCCUUGUGCUGAUUUGUGUGGCUGCUGCCCAAGCCUCUGUUGCGGGCUUCACAUCCUUUGGUGGUUUGGGCAUCGGAUCCUUCAACUUGAAUUCAGCCUACAGCCCCUUUGAGGGCACGGAGCUCCAGGAGGUGAGGGAGCUAGACAUGCAGUUCACCCAAAUGAGAGCUCCUUGUGUGUAUGGUGGAGUCUCCUUCAGCUUAACAGCAGCAGUACUCACCCUUGUCUUCCUCGUGGUGGGGGCAAAGCCCAUCCAGAAGCUCAGGAUGGGGCUGCUGGCAGGUGAAUGUGCCUUCAACCUGCUGGCUGGCACAUCCUAUGUCGUAGCGGUUGGCCUCUACCUGCAUUUUGUCAGCCAGGUGAACGCCACAGAAGUCUGCAAGAGGCGUGAGAGACUGUACGCGCGCCGCGGUUACACCUCCAUGAACUGCGUGGUCCAGGGCGGCGACGCAGCCGUGGGCCUGUUUGGCGUCGCUGCUGCCUGCUUGUACUUUGCCAGCUUUGUGGUCUGCAUCCUUGCUAUCCGAACUGUCCGGGCCUUCCACAGCCACAUGGCUAAACCUCAGCACAGCCUUCAAGGCAGAAGUGUCAGAAACCAGCAUGCCGCCCAAAGGACCUCUGGAAGCUCCCACAACAUCCAGGCUCUUGCCACAUUGGUGUGAAGUUAGCUCAGAUAGUGUACCAGAGGGAUGAAGUGUCAGACACCAGGUGUCACAUGCUAAACAAGCAACCAGUCCACAACAUACUGUCCUGCCAGGUGCUGAAGUGUGUUAGCAAAUCAACUGUAACAGUACUGCUCUAACCUGAUGUAAUAAAGUUAACGUUGAACAGGUAUUUUAACAA